GUUCCGGUUAUGGUGGACAAUUUUCAUUUUCGCUGAAUUUUUACUGAAAAAUAUUCCAAAAUGAUGCUUGAUUAUGAAAUCGAGGAAGAUAAACUGGGUAUGAGAGUAACAUCUGGUCAUGUUAAACUAGAAAAAGAUGGUCAGAAUUUAAUUGGUAUCAGUAUUGGAGGUGGAGCACCAUUAUGUCCAUGUUUAUAUGUUGUACAAGUAUUUGAUAAUACACCAGCAGCUAAAGAAGGUUCUCUAGCAGCUGGUGAUGAGAUAGUAGGUGUUAAUGGGCAGUCUGUGAAAGGAAGAACUAAAGUGGAAGUAGCCAGAGCUAUACAAUCUAUUAAGAGUGAUGUUACUAUCAACUAUAAUAAAUUACAUGCUGAUCCUGUACAAGGCAAAUCUCUGGAUAUAGUGUUAAAGAAGAUCAAACAUAAAGUAGUAGAGUCUAUGAGUUCAAAUACAGCUGAUGCCUUGGGCUUGAGUAGAGCUAUUCUUUGUAAUGAUGGUUUAUUAAAGAAGUUAGAGGAGUUAGAAUCAUGUGCUAAUAUGUAUUCAUCUCUAAUAGAACAGACUAAAAAGUUAUUACGAGCGACCUUUGAACUUUCACAAUCUCAUAAAGCGUUUGGUGAUGUAUUUAACAGUAUAGGUGUUAGAGAACCACAACCAGCUGCUAGUGAAGCUUUCACCAAGUUUGGUGAGGCUCACAGAGAAAUGGAGAAAUUUGCAAUCAAAAUGUUAAAAACUGUUAAACCUAUGAUAUCAGAUCUGAAUACAUUCCUACAUAAAGCAGUUCCUGAUACCAGACUUACUGUUAAAAAAUAUCUAGAUGCUAAAUUUGAAUACCUGUCAUAUUGUUUAAAAGUAAAAGAAAUGGAUGAUGAAGAAUAUAGUUAUGCUGCAUUACAAGAACCAUUAUAUAGAGUAGAAACUGGUAAUUAUGAAUACAGAUUGAUAUUAAGAUGUAGACAAGAUGCAAGAACAAGAUUUGCUAAAAUGAGAUCAGAUGUUAUGGUUAAAAUGGAAUUAUUAGAUCAAAAACACGUUCAAGAUAUAGUGUUUCAAUUACAAAAAUUUGUAUCAGCUAUGUCUAAAUAUCAUAAUGAAUGUCAUGCUGUGAUGAAAGAAGCUAUAGUAUUUCCUAUUGAAGUAGAUCUAUCUCGAGGUACCUUUACCUAUGACACAUCUAAUCAGUUUGAUGAAGAUGGUGAAGAUGAUGAUGAUGAAGAAGAUGAAGAUCUAGAAACUGUAAGAGCUGCUACUGAAAGCAGUGAUACUAUCACAGAAUUUGGUGAUCUAAUCAGCACUGAUUGA